CCGAAGCGCAAGGGCAAAGCGAGCGCCUUGCUCCGCGACUAUUAUGGACUGGGAGGCGGCUUGAGCACUGCAAAUGAAGAUCCCACAGACCCUGACUCCGCGUCUUUUGACAAAAAAGCUGCAUAUCGAUCGAUUGUGGCGUCGAGUACUCUACCUCAGCUUCUCAAGAGAGAGUGUGAUCUUCUAACUGAGCUACGCGAGCUUGAUGGGGAGCGGCAAUCGUUGGUGUACAACCACCACCACGAGCUCAUCGCGGCAAGUGAAACGAUUGCAAAAAUGAAAGCGCGUGCCGAGUCGCUGGAUGGCUCGCUCGAUGCACUUCGGGCAUCCUUUUCCAACAUCUCCCAGCUAUUCUCCGACCUCGCA